AUCCUUUGAGGCGUGAGAAGAGGGAGGAACACCAAGCUACUCUGUUACCCUUCACAUACGAGGAUGCCAAACUGGGGAGGUGGAGCCAAAUGUGGUGCCUGUGAAAAGACAGUGUACCAUGCUGAGGAAAUCCAGUGCAAUGGAAGGAGUUUUCACAAGACGUGCUUCCUCUGCAUGGCUUGCAGAAAGGCUCUGGACAGCACCACAGUGGCAGCUCACGAAUCUGAAAUCUACUGCAAGACUUGCUACGGGAGGAAAUACGGCCCCAAGGGCGUUGGCUUUGGACAAGGGGCUGGAUGUCUCAGCACUGACACCGGGGACCAUCUGGGCCUGAACCUGCAACAAGGGUCACCAAAGCCUGCUCGCCCCUCCACACCAACUAACCCUUCAAAGUUUGCCAAAAAGAUGGUUGACGUGGAUAAAUGUCCCCGCUGUGGCAAAUCGGUGUACGCUGCAGAGAAGAUAAUGGGAGGAGGAAAACCUUGGCACAAAACAUGCUUCCGCUGUGCUAUUUGUGGGAAGAGUUUAGAAUCUACAAAUGUUACAGACAAAGACGGAGAGCUCUACUGUAAAGUUUGCUACGCAAAGAAUUUUGGUCCCAAAGGAAUUGGUUUUGGCGGCCUCACUCAAGUGGAAAAGAAAGAAUAAGAUUGAAAAGAAGUGGAUGCAACAGAGUCAAUCUGCUGCGGAUGUCAGCAGAUAACAGUUGUCAAGUAAAGCAAAAACAUCACCUACAGCUUAUAACCCAGGGCAUUUGUUAAAUAUUUUCCAUCUUGCAGGAAAAAGGUUGUACCUUCAGAAAUUCUUAGAACAGCUUAAAGAAGGUACAGCGAUCAAGCCAGGUUCAUGUUUACUAUACAAGUGAAUGGAGACAAGAACUUCUGUUCAUGGAACAUUGUUGCUUCUUAUACUAAUAUUUAGCACAGUUCAGGCUCUAGAUUUAAAGAGUCAGCAUACUGUCCCAUUCAGACAGAGAUACCCUACAAAACACAAGGGUCAGAGUCUUCUGAUCUAGGCCAGUUUCCCCAUAGUGUUUUGAAGAUUUUGACAUCAUUUCUACUAAGGCAGAGUAGAUAUUAUUCACUUUGGCACAGUUUAGAAGCAUUUGAAAUUCUCUAAAAGAGAUCCUUCUGAAGAAAAAGCAAGUUUUCUUAGAAUACAGUGUUUAAGUUUUGUUAUUGUACGUUUUCAAGCUACAAUAAAGUACUCAUAUUGCUUCACA